AUGUCAUGUUCGAUGAGAGAGAGACAUUAUGGUGUGUCAAGCUUACUGUGUAAUGAAGAUGAUCAAGCUAUCAAGGAGAUGUAUGAGCAUCAGAAGAAGAAUGUUGGUGGUGGAGAUCAAAAAGCCAGUCUCCUGUCACUUGCUAGGGUAUUGUUCGAAAUGGGUGAAUUGGAGAAAGCGAAACAGUACUACACUCGUGUAUUGGAUGAGUUGAACGAUGAUGAUGAUGGCAAUGUUGCUCUGUGCCAUGAAAGACUCGGCGAAGUAAGUGCUGAACAAGGAGAAUGUGAUGUUGCACUCGAUCAUUUGAAUGAAGCCGUGAAACUGUACAAGAAGUUUCAACAUGCACAGGACAGUCGACAUUGCUCACUGUUACUUCGGGACAGGCUUCGUCUAUAG